AUGAAAAACUAUGAAUAAUAAGUAGAUAUUUAAACUAAUUUAGUCUAUUCCUCUUGAUCAGGAAUUUAGUGACUAAAAUAUUUUUACAUACUAUUAAAGAUCCAAUUAAAUCCGCCCUAAAAUGAGACUCUUUGCUUUAUAAUAAAACAUUAUAAAAAGAUAACCUAAUGAUAAUGUCAAUCACUUGUAAAUUCAAUCUAGUAUGAAUAUCAUAUAUAUUUUUAUGAGCCCAAAAACUUUUAAUCAGCAAGUUUACCCAAAUAAAGUUUUACCAAUAGAGAAAACUCUCAAAGAAAAUAAAAUAAAAUUAAGAGCCUCUCGACUGAAAUUCCAUAAAUAAGUCAAAAAUUUAGAUCUUUAAAAGGAAUUUCAGCUAAGAAUAAAUUAAUCUAAUAAUCUAAAAAGAAAAAUCUGUAAAUCCCAUCUUGUGACAUAAAGCUUAAUUAAAAAGAAGGUAUUCGAAACACCCGUGUAUAAAGAUUUCAAUAAACAUUAUACUGAGUAAAAGCCCCAAACCUUUCGUUACAAAGACUUAGACCUUAAUUCAUAUAUUGAAGAAUAUAAAUUGAUAAAGUAAUAAACAAUUGCUACUGUGAUACUACCUAAUGUUUUUUAGCAUUAAAAUAGGAAUGAUAAUAGUUAAUCUAGUAGAUUAUCAAUCUAACCAUAUUAACAUUCUUUUAAACCUAAAAUUAAAACUAUAUCAAUAUCUUAAAAUAAGUAUAUUUAACAAAAGAAUUUUAAUAUAAGUGGUUGGAGUGAUCAUUCAAAUAAAUGA